AUUGCUGCCGGUACCGGUUCCUCCUCCGCCGCCGCCAUCAUGAAGUUCCUAUACAAGGAGGAGCACCCGUUCGAGAAGCGCCGUUGUGAGGGCGAGAAGAUACGCAAGAAGUACCCGGAUAGAGUGCCGGUGAUAGUGGAGAAGGCUCCUAAAGCCCGCAUUGGGGACCUGGAUAAGAAGAAAUACCUGGUGCCAUCGGACCUGACAGUGGGGCAGUUUUACUUCCUGAUCCGGAAGCGGAUCCACCUGCGGGCCGAGGACGCGCUCUUCUUCUUCGUCAACAACGUCAUCCCCCCCACGAGCGCCACCAUGGGGCAGCUCUACCAGGUGGGGCUAUGGGGGGG